ACUGAAUACCUAUAAAAGAAUGGGGUUUUCUGGGUUAAAGUCACACUCAACUCGAACUCAAUUCAAGAUGUUCAUCCAAUGGGCUUUUCUGAUCUCCAGCGCAACCCUGAUCUCCGCCGGAUCUAUAUCGAUUUCGGAAAGGAUUGUCGGAGGACAGCCGGCGAACAUUUCCGAGGUACCAUGGCAGGUCUCACUUCUCAAGAGGGGCAAACAUGAUUGCGGUGCUGUCAUUUUUAGUGACGAUAUAGUUUUAACUGCUGCCCAUUGUGUUUUGUCCAAUAAUCUAAAAAAAUACUCAGUGAGAGUGGGAUCAUCAAUAGCGAACCAAGGAGGCCAAGUGGUGCAGAUAGCAAGCAUCAAACGGCACGAUAAAUACUUAAAAAUCUUCGGCUCGUCCUUUAAUGAUAUAGCCGUCAUCCGGCUAAAGACCAAGCUCCAGUUGGGUGACAGUGUAAGACCCAUCCCUUUGGCAGACAGCGCUCCUGCAGGUGGAACACCUGCAUUGGUUUCCGGAUGGGGAGCUAUCAAACAUAAAGGGGUGAAUUCGAAAACCCUUCUGAAAACCACAGUGAAUAUAGUAGAUCGGAAUGUUUGCGGAAAGUCCUAUAAGUUUAUGACUCAAGAUAUGAUCUGUGCCGCUGCUCCCGGGAAGGAUUCCUGUCAAGGAGACUCUGGAGGUCCUCUGGUCGUCGAUGGUAAACUUGUUGGCAUCGUUUCUAAUGGCAAAGGAUGUGCUCGUCCCUUUUAUCCUGGAAUCUAUGCUAAUGUGGCUGUACUCAAGCCCUGGAUCGAAGAUAAUAUUAAAUCUUUAAUGUACGAAAGUAAAUAAGUGUGCAGUUUGAAGCAUACUGAAAAUCCUAAUAAAAAAUUAAAACCCUA